UCUCUUUCCCUUUCGAAAAACCACUCUCUAUUUCUCUGUCCUAAAGUCUUCAUCCUCCCCCCUGUUUUCUCGAGCUGCGAACGCUUUGUACGCCAUCGAUUCAAAUCUAUAAUUAGAAUCCUCCUUAAAUCCCCACUUCCCGUCCCCUUUCCCUCUUUGGUUCUUUCCUUCUGGUUAGAAUCCGCUCUCUUGUAAUACGCCGUCGUUUCGCUCGAUUCCAGAUUUUGCUCAACGAUUCAUCAAAAUUGGAUUUGAUUUCCCCCUAGGGUUUACUGUUGUCUCCGGAAGAUGAUUGAUUUGGGAAUUUAGGGCAUUUCUCGCGGUGUUUGUUUGUUUGUAAAUAGCAACUUUUUUUUUUCGCCGGUUUGAAAAGUUCGUUACAUUUCUCUAAAAGAUGUCAUCAGCUGGUGUGACCAUAAGCCCGGUUCGUAGCGAGCCUCCUCUUCUAAUGCCUCUCUCUCGCGCCGAUUCCCUCCCCGAAGAGACCAUUUUGGUCUACCUAACCCUCCCCGGAACCGUGAUGGUACCCAUGCGUGUCCUCGAGUCCGACUCCAUCGAGUCCGUCAAGCUCCGGAUCCAGUCCCACCGCGGUUUCGUCGUGAGGAACCAGAAGCUCGUCUUCGGAGGGAGGGAGCUCGCCAGGAGCGGCUCCAACAUUCGCGAGUACGGUGUCGGCGAAGGGAACGUGCUUCAUCUGGUCGUCAAGGUGUCUGAUCUCCAGGUUCUUGAUGUUAAGACAACGUGCGGGAAGCACUGUAGGUUUCACGUUGAGAGAGGGAGGAACAUUGGGUAUGUGAAGAAGCAGAUUUCGAAGCAGAAAGGCGGAGACUUUGUUGAUUCGGAGAUAGUUUACGAAGGUGAGAAGCUUGAGGACCAGAGUCUUAUUGAUGAUAUCUGUAGGAAUGGUGACUCUGUUUUGCAUCUGCUUGUGAGGAGAUCUGCUAAGGUUCGUGGUAAGCCUGUGGAUGGUAAGAGCUUUGAGUUGUCUGUUGUUGCUCCGAAGCAGUUCUCUUUGGAGCCUCUCGUCGUUAACCCUAAAGCGAAGUUGCCUUUUGUGGUGAGAGAUAUGAUUAGCUCUGCUUCUGAUGGGUUGAGAAGUGGGAACGCUCCUGUGAGGUCGAGAGAGGGAACAGGAGGUGCUUAUUUCAUGCAGGCUUCCUCUGGGAACAAGUACGUUGGUGUGUUUAAGCCUAUAGAUGAGGAGCCAACGGCUGAGAACAAUCCACACGGCUUACCGCUUUCGCCGAACGGAGAAGGUUUGAAGAAAGGGACCAAGGUUGGAGAAGGUGCGUUGAGGGAAGUCGCUGCUUACUUGUUGGAUCAUCCAAAAAGUGGUGAAGAGAGAGGUUUCGCUGGCGUGCCUCCCACGGCUAUGGUUGAAUGCUUGCAUCCUGGUUUUAACCAUCCGAAAGGGGUUAAGACCAAGAUUGGAUCGCUUCAGAUGUUUACUGAGAAUGAUGGUAGCUGUGAAGAUAUGGGUCCAGCUUCGUUUCCUGUGGAGGAGGUUCACAAGAUCUCUGUGCUGGAUAUUAGACUGGCUAACGCAGAUAGGCAUGGUGGUAACAUUUUAAUGAGAAAAGACAAAGAAGGAAAUGUUGUUCUGGUUCCCAUUGAUCAUGGUUACUGCUUGCCUGAAAGCUUUGAGGAUUGCACGUUCGAGUGGCUUUACUGGUCACAAGCCAGGAAACCAUACUCUAGCGAGACACUAGACUACAUAAGAUCACUUAACGCCGAGGAAGAUAUCAACCUCCUGAAGUUCCAUGGAUGGAAGAUGCCAUUGAAAACUGCUAGAACACUCAGAAUCUCAACCAUGCUUCUGAAGAAAGGAGCAGAGAGAGGAUUGACAGCGUUUGAGAUUGGGAACAUGAUGUGCAGAGAAACUCUGAGCAAGAAGUCUCUAGUGGAGGAGAUGGCGGAGGAAGCUCAAGAGGCUGUGCUUCCCGGGACUAGCGAGGGUGCAUUCCUUGAAGCCUUGUCUGAUGUGAUGGAUUACCAUCUUGAUGAAGUGGUUCGCUCUCAGGAACACUAGAAUUGGUUCUUGUGUGAAUCGUUACACUCUUAACUACUUGGAAUUAUGGUACAUAUACACUCUUGUUUGGUUUGCCUUUAUAUAAAAAUCCGUGGCUUUUGUUUCUCAACUGCUUUUUAACUAUCUGUCAUCUUUUGGACAUAUGUACAAGUUGUGUUGUUAAUUUAUCCGUGAACAUAUUUCCUGGUAAUGACAAUUUCAGUGUUACAAUAGA